AUGAACGCCAAAUACCUCAUUGUUGCCUUAUUGUUGGCCAUUGUGGCAGGUGUGUGCUUGGUGAACGCACAAGAUGCCUCCACAGCAACCAGCACCACUGCUCCUGCAAACACCAAGGUGGAUAGGGCUCCCUCAAGACCAAGAAGAAAGAACUCAUCAUCGGUGAGAAGAGUCCGUGGAAGUAGUGCAGGAAAGAAGUCCUCUCCAAGAAAGAGCCAGAGGAAGCAAGUCAGAGGAAGAAGAACCGCAACCAGUGGCAAGAAAGCCCAAAGAAGAACAGGAGCAAGAAAAGCAAGAAAAGGAACUGCCAAGCGAGCUCGCCGAUGCACAUGUGGUAAGCGUUCAACUAAAGUAAGAGGAUCAAAGCGUGGACGUAAAUCCAUUGCAAAGAGUGCCAGAAAGGGAAAGAAAGAUGGAAAACGACCAACUAAGAGAUCAGUCCGUAAGGGUACUAGAUCUCCAAGAAGAAGAAGCUCCAAGAGAUCAACCAAAAGAAACACAAGACCAAGAAGAAAGAACGCUGUGAAGAAGGCAUCAAAAAGAGCACAACAAACUGCUCAAUCAAGCCAAACAGCCCAACAACAAGAAGAAGUUGUAGCAUAA